GCUUUAAUGAAUGAACUCUGCAUAGGAAGUGAAAGUGUCGCUCCUCCGUGCUGUUGUGUUGUGGAAAACAAACGCACGCGUUGAUUAGCUCCGAGGCGGCUAUCUCGUUUGGUGCUACGCGUGACCACCGGGACACACCGUUUAAAAUGUGAAUGAAAGUUACGGUAGUUUUGUGUCUUUUUUUUAGUUUUUUCUUCUGUUUUACACCAUGGCGCUUGUUCCGUAUACCAACAACUCCUUACCUGUGCUUGCCAAAUUCCACAAUUCAUCGGCGCAGUUUAAUUUUGCCAACCACCAGCUCCGUCUCGCCCAGGACUGGAAAAAGCUCGGGGUAGCAGCAGUUGUGUGGGAUGCAGCGGUUGUCAUGUGCAUGUACCUGGAGCUGGGCCAGGUGGAGCUGAAGGGGAAGGUGGCCAUUGAACUGGGAGCUGGCACAGGGCUGGUGGGCAUCGUGGCAGCCCUGCUAGGUGCCACAGUCACCAUCACUGACAGAGAGCCAACCCUGCAGCUCCUCUCUGCCAAUGUGAAGGCCAACCUGCCUGCAGACCGCCAGGGAUCAGUUUUGGUGUCUGAGCUGACCUGGGGUGAAGGUCUUGAACAUUACCCGGCGGGGGGAUUUGAUCUCGUUUUGGGAGCGGACAUUGUUUACCUGGAGGACACCUUUGUGCCACUGCUGCGUACUAUGGAGCACCUGUGUUCGGACACUACUGUGGUGCUGCUGGCCUGCAAGAUCCGCUACGAUCGAGACAACAGUUUCUUGAGCAUGCUGAAGCAGCGGUUCAGAGUUGAAGAAGUGCACUAUGAGAGUCAGAGGGACAUUCAUAUCUAUAAAGCUGUCAAACUUCCAUCGAGGAGGGACUUGUAAGCAUGAGAACCGACUCAAACUUCCAGCCCUAAGUGGAUUAAGACAACUUUCCUCUACUGCCUGUGUUUUUCCUGCUACAACAGCUUUUUGUGGUUGUCUGUAACAACAGAUAUGCAUUAAAAAGCAAAUACCUCUCGUCACACAGAGAUUACCAGAAACACAUUUAUUAACAGCUGCCAAAAAUGUAAUAUCUGAAGAGAUAGCUCUAAUAUGAUUUACUGUUUCAUACAAGGUGAUGCUGACAUGUAGAAAUACAAUGAAUACAAAAUUAAUGAAAAUAGCAAUGUCUUUAAAAAAAAAAAAAAAAAAAAAGCAUACUAUGACAUGACUAUAAUAUCUAAA